GGUGCACCCAGGUGUAAGCCGAUCCCCACGGCUGCAGCGGCAAGCGAAGCACGGGGUGGUUUCGGUCAGCGGGUUCCUCUCUGCCAUCGCUUGGGAGCCAGACACCAUGUCUAUGGGGCUGGAGAUCGGUGGGGUGGCCCUGUCGGUGCUGGGCUGGCUGUGCAGCAUCAUCUGCUGCGCGCUGCCCAUGUGGCGGGUGACGGCCUUCAUCGGCAACAACAUCGUGACGGCGCAGAUCAUCUGGGAAGGGCUGUGGAUGAACUGCGUGGUGCAGAGCACGGGGCAGAUGCAGUGCAAGGUGUACGACUCCAUGCUGGCCCUGCCGCAGGACCUGCAGGCCGCCCGCGCGCUGCUGGUGGUGGCCAUCGUGCUGGCCGUGCUGGGCCUGAUGGUGGCCAUCGUGGGCGCCCAGUGCACACGCUGCGUGGAGGACGAGACCACCAAGGCCAAGAUCACCAUCGUCUCCGGCGUCAUCUUCCUGCUCUCCGGCAUCAUGACCCUCAUCCCCGUCUCCUGGUCGGCCAACACCAUCAUCCGGGAUUUCUACAACCCGCUGGUGAUCGAUGCGCAGAAGCGGGAGCUGGGCACGUCGCUCUACGUGGGCUGGGCGGCCUCCGCGCUGCUGCUCUUCGGGGGGGCCCUGCUCUGCUGCUCCUGCCCCCCCAAAGAUGAGAGGUACGCACCCAGCAAGGUGGCCUACUCCGCCCCGCGCUCCGCCGUCACCAGCUACGACAAGAGGAACUAUGUGUGAGCCCCCGCGCCCCCAGCCCAGCCCUAAAAGGGGCUCGGCCGCCCCUGCGUCCACUUCCAGCCCCACCACCGGAACCGGCACCGCCGGGGACCCUCCGCCCCGCGGGCCGGGGAGAGAUCCUGUCCCCAAGGGUGCCCAGCCCCGGUGGGAGCAGGCCGGGGAAUGACGGGGGGGUGAUCGGAUAGGUGCCGGGGUCAGGGCCGGGCAGUGUGAGCGGGAACCGGGCGGGCGGCUGUGUCAAUACCGACGGUUUCAUGUAAACAGAGCUGGUUUCGGGUUGCCAGGAGAGCUGUGCGCAGCAGCGCCAGGAGGAAGCUCCGUGCCCUGCCCCACCGGCCCCCCCGGGUCCCCCCGCCGGCCGGGCACCUUCUCUCCCUGUUACGCGUGGUCUGUACAAGUUACAUUUGUCAAUAAACGAGUCCUUUUUUGGUA